AGCUGCAUCUGGAGACGCUAGUCACGCCCGGAAGGCUGUCCGAAUCCGCCUCCCUGGGAAAAUAACUCAAAUAAAUAAUUGAUGGAGAUUGAUCGGACCCGAAACAAAGCUUUGCAGAAAACCAAUGCAUCCGAUUUUAAGCGGUUUUGGAAUCCUCUGCCAAGUACGGGAUGUGAGAGUGGAGCUACGACUUUGAGUGCGGCUGCAGAUCUUCCAUCUCGGGCGUGGCUUUGGCCUUUUUGUCUUCCUGUCUCCCUCCUCCCACCCUCACCCCGACCCCCUGUCCCCGUCUUCUCUUUCCUCUUGAAAGUAAUCUCUCUUGCAUUACUUCUAUCCUGUCCUCCUUUGCAAUCCCGCCUUCUCCCCUGCCCAGUCCGGUGAGGUCAGCUCAUGAAUACCACUGCACUUCCUGGGGAGCGUCUGGCACUGCUUGGUACCUCCAGCGUUCGCCUACUGAGAGCUGCAGCCUGAGCCCUGCAGUCCACAGCCGAGAAGUAACCGAGUCUGAAGGCAAGUGAGUCUUCUGGUUACCGCCAUUGUUUGGAGAAAUUCAGUGGGUGAGAAACUGGGAAGAGCGGGCCCAAAGUCUUGCUCAGCCAGAAGUCGCAUAUAAUACUAAGAAGAUAUUUUCCUGGUCUCUGAAAGACACUGGAAUAGACCCCGAGGUUUCCGGAAUAUCAGAAGGAAAGCUCUGUUGAUUUGCUUCAACUUCUUCCAAAGUCUCUGCUGAGAAGGUCUUCCUAAAUCGCCAUGAGUCAGCCACCGACCGGGGGCGCUGCCCCUGCCGCAACCGCAGCUUCUGCCGCCGCCGCAGCCACUGAGGCUCGUCUGCACCCGGAGGGCAGCAGCAGAAAGCAGCAGCGAGCUCAGUCACCAGCUAGACCAAGGGAAAAUUCUCUCCGACAGACAGCCGGGGCCAACCGGUCCGCCGUGGGGGCCGGCACCAAACUCAAUUCUGUUCGGCAGCAGCAGCUACAGCUGCAGCAGCAGCAGCAGCAACAGCAGGGUAACAAGGCUACCAGCCGCGCGGCAUCUCAGGCCUGUGCCCGAGGAGGCGGAGGCGGGGCGGAGAAGGCGGCGCCCCUGGCGCCCAAAGGGGCUGCUCCGGGAGCUGUCCAGCCCGCGGCUGGUGCUGAAGCGGCCCCCUUGGCGACCCUGGCCGCUGUGGGCGGCAGGAGGCCGGGGCUGCCGGAGGAGCCAUCCCGUGAGCUAGAAUCCGUGCCCUCGAAAGUCGGGGAACCCCCUCCUCUCAGGGAAGGAGGAGGAGGGGACGGGGAAGGAGGAGGAGCCGGCGGCGGCUCCGGGGAAAGGGAGGGGGGCGCUCCGCAGCCGCCGCCGCCCAGGGGCUGGCGAGGGAAAGGCGUACGCGCUCAGCAGAGGGGAGGCAGCGGCGGGGAGGGGGCCUCCCCUUCGCCUUCCACCUCUUCUGCGGGUAAAACCCCAGGCCCCAGCAGCAGAAACUCCGGAAGCGGCGUUGCGGGGGGCGGCAGCGGCGGUGGAGGGAGCUACUGGAAGGAAGGAUGUCUGCAGUCUGAGCUCAUCCAGUUCCACCUCAAGAAGGAGCGGGCGGCGGCAGCGGCCGCCGCGGCUCAGAUGCACACUAAGAACGGCGGAGGCGGCAGCAGCAGCCGUAGCUCCCCAGUGGCUGGCGCCCCUGCCAUCUGUGAGCCCCUCGUCCUCUCUUCCACCUCCCCAAUGGCGGCGGCAGCGGAGGGCCCCCAGCAGAGCGCAGAGAGCGGUGGUAGCGGCGGGGGCAUGCAGGCGGCGGCGCCCCCUUCGUCGCAGCCGCACCCGCAGCAGCUCCAGGAACAAGAAGAAAUGCAGGAGGAGAUGGAGAAGCUGCGAGAAGAGAAUGAGACUCUCAAGAAUGAGAUCGAUGAGCUGAGAACUGAGAUGGACGAGAUGAGGGACACUUUCUUCGAGGAGGAUGCCUGUCAACUGCAGGAAAUGCGCCACGAGUUGGAGAGAGCCAACAAAAACUGCCGGAUCCUGCAGUACCGCCUCCGCAAAGCCGAGCGCAAAAGACUCCGCUACGCGCAGACUGGGGAGAUCGAUGGGGAGCUGUUGCGCAGCCUGGAGCAGGACCUCAAGGUUGCAAAGGAUGUAUCUGUGAGACUUCACCAUGAAUUGGAAAAUGUGGAAGAAAAGAGAACAACAACAGAAGAUGAAAAUGAGAAACUGAGGCAACAGCUUAUAGAAGUUGAAAUUGCAAAGCAAGCCUUACAGAAUGAAUUGGAAAAAAUGAAAGAGUUAUCCUUAAAAAGAAGAGGAAGCAAAGAUUUGCCAAAAUCUGAAAAAAAGGCUCAACAGACUCCCACAGAGGAGGACAAUGAAGAUCUGAAAUGCCAGCUGCAGUUCGUUAAAGAAGAAGCUGCUUUGAUGAGAAAGAAAAUGGCCAAGAUCGAUAAAGAAAAGGACAGAUUCGAACAUGAGCUGCAGAAGUACAGAUCAUUUUAUGGAGAUCUGGACAGUCCCCUGCCCAAAGGAGAAGCUGGGGGUCCUCCUAGUACCAGGGAGGCGGAGCUCAAGCUUAGGCUGAGGUUGGUGGAGGAAGAGGCUAACAUCCUGGGCAGGAAAAUCGUUGAACUGGAGGUGGAGAACAGAGGCCUGAAGGCCGAACUGGACGACCUCAGGGGCGAUGACUUCAAUGGGUCGUCCAACCCUCUCAUGAGGGAACAGAGUGAAUCCCUUUCUGAGCUGCGGCAGCACCUGCAGCUGGUGGAGGACGAAACGGAGCUGCUGCGGAGGAACGUGGCAGACUUGGAAGAGCAGAACAAGCGCAUAACUGCGGAACUGAAUAAGUACAAGUACAAGUCUGGAAGCCACGACAGUGCCCGACACCAUGACAGCGCCAAGACGGAGGCCCUGCAGGAGGAGCUGAAGGCUGCACGCCUGCAGAUCAACGAGCUCAGCGGCAAGGUCAUGCAGCUACAGUAUGAGAACCGCGUGCUCAUGUCCAACAUGCAGCGCUACGACCUGGCCUCGCACUUGGGCAUCCGUGGCAGCCCCCGCGACAGCGACGCUGAGAGCGACGCGGGCAAGAAAGAGAGCGAUGAUGACUCGCGGCCACCGCACCGCAAGCGGGAAGGGCCCAUCGGUGGCGAGAGCGACUCGGAGGAGGUGCGGAACAUCCGCUGCCUCACGCCCACCCGCUCCUUCUACCCUGCGCCAGGUCCCUGGCCCAAGAGCUUCUCCGACAGGCAGCAGAUGAAGGACAUCCGUUCUGAGGCCGAACGCCUGGGCAAGACCAUCGACCGGCUCAUCGCCGACACAAGCACCAUCAUCACCGAGGCGCGCAUCUAUGUGACCAACGGGGACCUGUUCGGACUGAUGGAUGAGGAGGACGACGGCAGCCGCAUCCGGGAGCAUGAGCUGCUCUAUCGCAUCAACGCGCAGAUGAAGGCCUUUCGCAAGGAGCUGCAGACCUUCAUCGACCGCCUGGAGGUGCCCAAGUCCGCGGACGACCGUGGCGCCGAGGAGCCCAUAUCCGUGAGUCAGAUGUUCCAGCCUAUCAUUUUACUUAUUCUCAUUCUUGUAUUAUUUUCAUCGCUGUCUUACACAACAAUAUUUAAACUUGUCUUCCUUUUUACACUGUUUUUUGUACUGUAAAUCUUUCAUCAUUUACCAUUCAUUGU